AUGAGAAUUAACAGACUCUUUGAGAUUAUAAAUCCUCAAAUUGCAAGAGAAGCAGGGAGUGAGGAGAUUCUUCUUAUGUGUGAGAUUGGAAGGGACAUAGAGGUCUACAAUGAAAGAAAUAGUAGCAGAGUUAGAGGGAUUAAGAAAGAAACAAAAAUGCUUGCAAUUCAAUCAGGACAUUGUUGGUGA